AUGGCCAAGGAGAACAAAAGAAAGCCUAAGACCCCGAAGAGCGCAAGGGCGAAGCAGAAGCCAGCGGAGGCUGCAACGGCUGUCGCCACGGACGGAGUCGCCAAGAAGAAGAAGAAGGUUCGGGUGCCAAAGACGCCGAAGGGCAAGGCCGCACAGUCGCCGGCGGGGAAGGGAAAAGGAAAGGGAGACAAGGACAAGGACGCGUCGGAGAAGUGGAAGCAUGGAGACUGGGCGUGUGCGAAAUGUGGCGCGCACAACUUUCGCGGCAAAGACACCUGUUUCCGAUGCAAGUACCCGAAGGCAAACUCCGUGAAGGCUGCGAGCGCGGAGACGGCCCAACAAUAUUUGCAAUCUUUCACAUCAAAGAUGGAUUCGGUACAGCACCUCUGGCUGGCAAAGAACGUGUACGGACGGGACGUCAACGACGCGUGCUUUGAUCUCUUCGCAUCUUAUGUCAGAAAGGUGGAUAAUAAGUCCAAGCUGCAGCUGCUGACGGGUGCACAAAAAGCUGUGGAGCGCGCGAGUAAGAUUGUCGAAGCGCUCAAGGACACGCCAACGGAGGUUGAGGAAAACGGCGACACGCGAAAGAAAGCGAAGGGCAUGAAGCGCAAGGGAGAAGAGAAGGGAGUGAAAAAGGCGGAGAAGGAAAAGCCGAAAAAGAAAUCAAAAGUGGAGAAGGCUGAGGAUAAACCCAAGGACGACAAGAAAGCCGCGAAGAAGGAGAAGAAAGAGAAGAAGAAGAAGUGA